CAUGGUUCAUGUCCAAAUGAACUCCAACCGAUUCCAAAUCCUAGUUCUAGUCAAAACUGGACAAUACUGUUGCCAACAUAAAAGUCCUCGAAGCAAAAAAAACCUUAAACAAGGCUUGUUUUUUUUUUCCCUUGCAAUGGCGAAGUGGGCAGAACUGGCCAAUGAUCUGAUUGCUCAGAUUGCAAAUCGGGUUAAACUGAUUGAAGAUUUCAUUGCUUUUGGUGCUAUUUGUACCUCUUGUCGAGCUGCUGCUACAAAGGAAAAUUUUGAUGUGUUUUCGCCUCAAGUUCCGUUGUUAAUGUUGGCUGACAAAGAUGAUGAUUAUCGAGAAUUUUACUCUCUUUCCAAGAAGAAAGUUUCACGCAUAUUUCUCCCAGAAGCUAGAGGACGAGAGUGUUUACCGUCAGAGGGAUGGCUCUGUACCGUGGAAAAUAAUACCGGAGAGAUUAACUUGUUGCAUCCUUUCUCGCGUACCCAAAUUCAACUUCCUCCAGAAAAAGACAUAUGGGCUUUACAGGAUUAUGAACCUGAUGGAGUGCCGUGUCACUUUAUGGACAAAGUUGUUUUAUCUGCCAGUCCUUCUGUUACAUCAGAUUAUGUACUGGUGGUUUCCUAUUACGCAGGUAAUGAUUGUUUGGCUUUUUGGCGCCCUGGAGACCUCAACUGGACUAAAAUUGACAUUGAACCUAACAGUGCAGUCACAACUAUGAAUUAUUAUAAGGGUCAAUUUUAUUACUUGACAUGGUGUGGCGAAGUGUGGGUUUUUGAAGUUGCAGGGCCUCGUUUGGUUAUUGAGCUGGAGGAUGAUAUAUGGCGCCAAGACUCAGUUCAGUUCUAUCUAGUGCACUAUUACUUGUUAUCCGGUUUGCCAAUUAUGAGUUUCCAGAUGGUCCAAAUGGUGGCUACAAGACGUUUAAAUUUAAAGUCUAUGAACUAGAUGUAAGCAAAGGUGAGAUGAAGGGGGAGAUUAAAACAUUGGGAGAAUCAGCAAUCUUUUUGGGCCGUAAUGCACCAAGUUCCAUUGACACCUCUAAGUUUACAGGAGUCAAGCCUAAUCACAUAUAUUUUACUGAUGAUUGGAUUGAUCAUUUUAAUGUGUUGGAAGGAGGGGGUGGAAGAGAGAUGGGGACUUACAAUCUUGAAGAUGAAAAAAUUGAAUCUUUUUAUCCUGGAUUGUCACUAAGUCCUGUCUGCCCGCCAACUUGGAUUGCACCAUCGUACCGAUAAUUAAUCUGAUUGCACUCACCUCCAUGUUGGCUCAUCAUAAGGAGUAACUGUCUCUUUCUAGUUUUAUGAUUUAUUAUUUUUUCCAAGUUAAGCUGAUUGUAUGAAAUACGAAUGUCAUCGUAUUUGAUCAAUUCUAAUUGUGCUUUCUCUAGACAAUUGACGCUUAUGAUAUUCAAUUUGCAAAUACUCCUUCUGUUUCACUUUG